AUGGCGUUUUACAGAUCUCUGAGAAACCUAACUGCAAUCAAUCACCGUAUGACGAGACCAUUCUUCACCGCCGCCUCCGCCGUAACUUCCGGCGGAACAGUUUCACUCCCACCGCCGUUUUCUCCGUUGUUCCCACAUUUCUCUCACCGUUUGUCUCCGCUUUCGAAAUGGUUCGUUCCUCUUAAUGGACCUCUCUUCCUCUCUUCACCUCCUUGGAAACUGCUCCAGUCCGCGACUCCUUUGUAUUGGCGUGGAAACGGCGCUGUUUUGAGGAAAGUCGAGGCUCUGAAUCUUAGAUUGGAUCGGAUUAGAAGCAGAAAGAGGUUAGGAUUGCAGUUGGUGGAACCAAACGUGGAUCGCAAUUUGUCCAAGGAGGAAGUUGGAGGUAGAGGAAGUAGUGUUGGCAUAAUCGAGAGUUUUGUGAAUGUGCCGAAUAUGAUAUCUAUGGCACGAUUAGUAUCUGGUCCUGUGCUUUGGUGGAUGAUUUCGAAUGAAUUGUAUACUUCUGCUUUCAUAGGGUUGGCUGUUUCUGGAGCUAGUGAUUGGUUAGAUGGUUACAUGGCUAGGAGGAUGAAGAUUGAUUCUGUGGUUGGCUCAUAUCUUGAUCCUCUUGCAGACAAGGUUCUUAUUGGGUGUGUUGCGUUGGCAAUGGUGCAGCAAGAUCUUCUACAUCCUGGGCUGGUUGCGAUUGUGGUGUUCCGGGAUAUAGCCCUUGUCGGUGGUGCAAUUUAUCUAAGGGCAGUAAACUUAGACUGGAAGUGGAAAAAUUGGAGUGAUUUCUUCAACCUCGAUGGUUCGAGCCCUCAGAAAGUAAAACCAUUGUUUAUUAGCAAGGUGAAUACGGUUUUCCAAUUGGCUCUAGUCGCUGGCGCAAUGCUUCAACCCGAUUUUGGGAAUCCAGAUACGCAGACAUGGAUUACUUAUCUAAGCUGGUUAGUUGCUUCUACGACCAUGGCUUCAACCGCAGCUUAUGGAGUACAAUACAUGAAGAAGCGACCUAUUUCUAUGAUUAAGAGAUCGUAG